AUGAAGUAUCGUUCUAUGAACCCACUGCUGCUGUUCUGCCCCUGGAUUGUCCAAGGUGCACUUGACGGUAGUCGUUAUCUAUGGUACACUCAGCCCGGACGGUACCCAGUUUUUGAAGACGGCCUGCCAAUCGGCAAUGGACGCAUCGGAGCCGCAAUCUACGGAGGUCUCUCAGAAGUCAUCGGCAUCAAUGAGAAUUCUAUAUGGACCGGCCCGUUCCAGGAUCGCAUCGCGGAUGACCCCCAGGCCGCUGAAAAGGUCGUUCGCGAAAUGCUGGUGGCCGGAAAUCUGAGCGAUGCACACAACUACACGAUGCAGGCAAUGAUUCCAACUAACAAUUCUCCACGAGCAUUCAGCUACUUUGGAAACAUUGACAUUGAUUUCGGUCACACCGACCAAGACGUGGCCGACUACAUUCGUUGGCUGGACACGAAAGAGGGUACCACUGGCGUAUCUUACACUUAUCAGGGCGUCAAUCAUAGUCGUGAAUAUGUCGCAAGUUUCCCACAGGGCGUUUUGGUGGCACGUUUCAGCACAACCACUCCUGGCGCACUGAACAUGAACGUUUCCAUGAGUCGAAUCAGCAACAUUCUGUCAAAUGUUGCACAGAUAGCCCUGAACAACAACACUAUUACCCUUGUUGGAUCCAGUGGCCAACAAGAGUCCCAGAGUCCGAUACUUUGGACGGGACAGGCGCGUUUUGUAUCGGAAGAUGGUACAUUCUCUACAUCAGGGGCUUCGCUUAUCAUCCAGAAUGCGACUUCAGUGGACAUGUAUUUCGAUACGGAGACGAAUUUCCGAUACCCAAGUCAGAGUGAUUGGGAGGCCGAAAUGAGGCGGAAAAUCGAUGCUGCAUAUGACUUGGGCUAUGAUGCUGUCAAGGCAUCGGCCAUUGCAGAUAGCAGCGAGCUGCUCGGUCGCGUGACACUGGACCUUGGCGAAUCACCAAAUGACUGGGCAGAUCUUCCUACAGACGAGCGUAUCACUAUUGCCAGAAAUACUUCGGCCGACCUCCAGCUGAGCACACUGGUCUUCAAUUUUGGCCGUCACCUCCUCGUAGCUUCUUCACGCAACACGGGCAACGGCACGUCUCUGCCGGCGAACCUGCAAGGCAUAUGGAAUAACUCAACGUCGGCGCCGUGGGGUGGUAAAUAUACCAUCAACAUCAACAUUCCAAUGAACUACUGGCCCGCCGGACCGACAAACUUGCUCGAGACGGAGGAGCCCUUGUUCGACUUGAUGAAGGUAGCACAGGGGCGGGGACAGUCCAUGGCCGAUCGCAUAUAUGGUUGUCCGGGCACAGUUUUCCACCACAACCUUGAUCUCUGGGGAGAUCCCGCCCCGACGGACAAUUACACAUCCUCGACCAUGUGGCCCAUGGGUGCUGCGUGGUUGGCAUGGCACAUGAUUGACCAUUAUCGCUUUGCGAGCGACGCCGAUUUCUUGCGAGACGUGGCGUACCCGUUCCUUGCAGACGUUGCCGCAUUUUACGAGUGCUACACUUUCGAGUUCGAGGGCCAUAAUGUUACCGGUCCCUCUCUGUCCCCAGAGAACACCUACAUUGUGCCCGAGAACUACACCAUAGUCGGCGCGAGGCCCGCGAUAGACAUUGGUCCUUCGAUGGACGAUCAACUCAUGCAUGAGGCCUUUCGUGGCUUGAUUGAGGCAGCAGAGGUCCUGGGACUCGACGACGCCAACGUGACGGCAGCACAAGAGUUUCUUCCGUCGAUUCGUCUCCCCCAAAUUGGAUCGCUCGGCCAGAUCCUCGAGUGGCGCAAUGAAUGGCCCGAGUCAGCACCCGGUCAAAAGCAUUUGUCACCCCUUUGGGCACUGAUGCCGGGCCGCCAGUUUAGCCCGCUCGUCAACGAGACUUUGGGCGAAGCGGCCGGGGUUCUUCUUGAUCGUCGAGUAUCUCAUGGCGCAGGGAGCACUGGCUGGUCUCGAACGUGGCUGAUCAAUACCUAUGCACGUCUUUACCGCGGCGACGAUGCCUGGAACCAAUUAACAGAGUGGUUCGCUGUCUUUCCCACGCCAUACAAUUUGUACAAUACCAACCAAGGUCCCACCGGCCCUUAUCAAUUCCAGAUUGACGGCAACUUUGGGUUCGUUAGUGGCGUCACCGAGAUGUUGCUCCAGAGUCAUGCCGGGUUUGUACACUUGCUCCCGGCACUGCCCUCUGCUGUACCUACUGGUUCUGUCACUGGACUACUGGCACGAGGCAGCUUCGAAGUGGAUAUUGCGUGGAAGGAUGGAGUAUUGGCGGCGGCAAAUAUCACAUCGCUAGCAGGCAAUGAGCUGUCACUUCGAUAUGCAAAUGGUUCUGCGAUCCUCGUGGAUGGGUCACCAUACAGUGGUUCGAUACAGACAAGCGUUAGCCAAAUAUUGGUUGUCAGUCUGGCAUGA